AUGGCUACUCUUAAUCUUAAGUUUGAGCCAGAUGCUGCAGGGGUUUCAACACCAUUUUCAAAUUCACCGCCAACUCAUUACAUCCUAAAAGUAGAGUCCUUUUCGUCUUUAGAGAGGCAUUCAGCGGGUAGAUAUGAGUCAGGGCAGUUCGAUGCUGGAGGAUACAAAUGGAAACUGGUGGUGUACCCAAAUGGAUACAAGCAGAAGAAUGUGGAUGACCACAUCUCUGUCUACCUAGAAAUGGCUGGAGCAGAUUCACUUCAGACUGGUUGGGAAGUAUUUGUUGAUUUUAGAUUGUUUUUACUUGAUCAGAAUAAGGGAAUCUACUUGGUUCUUCAAGAUGCUAAUCUAAACAAGAUGUGCUUGCACGGGGCGAUGUUUGAAGUGGGUUUCGAUAGAGUUAUCCCUCUGAAUGCAUUUACUGAUUCUUCCAACGGCUAUCUGAUUAAUGAUACUUGUGUGUUUGGAGCCGAGGUCUUUGUUUGUAAAGAAAGAAGAGCUGGCAAAGCAGAACGCCUGUACACGAUCAACAGUGCUAUGUACAAGCAUCCUUGGAAGGUUUAUAUACCUUUAAAGUUCAGACCUGAACUCUUGGAAUCAAAGCCAUUCUUUGCUGGAGGACAGACAUGGAAGAUACGUCUCUAUCCCAAGGGAUAUGACAAAGGAAAGGAUACUCAUGUUUCUGUUUACUUAAAAUUGGCUAAUCCAGAACCUGCCUCCAAAAUACUUACAGAGUUUACUCUGCGCAUCGUUGAUCAAUUGAAUGGCAAGCAUUUUUUUUGUAAAGGUUGUGAAUGGUUCUGUGCCUUGAGACCCUCUUUCGGUUUCUCUAGGUUGAUUGCAUUUGACAUUUUGAAACAGUUAGACAAGGGUUUUUUGGUGAAGAGCAAUUGCUUAGUGGAGGCAGAGGUCACCGUCUAUGGAAUUUUUACAGCAUUGUAG